AUGGAUCACACACAAGCUUCUCCUUCUCCAGCGCGAUGGUUUAGGGUUUUUAAAAGAACUGUGUCAACUGAAAAUCCAGUAAGAAAGACCUCCACCUCCUCUCUCUGUGAGGAAGUUCUGAAAAAGUCACAAGAUGCCUUUGCCUCGGAGAAGACCAAGCAUUACUCUUUUAGGCUCUUGCAGUUGGAGGCCAUAUUACGUAUGCUGGAGAGCCAUGAAGAGGAGUUUGUAGCGGCGUUGGAGAAAGAUAUGCGCAGGCCCAGGUUUGAAACUGUGCUAUCAGAGAUCACUGCAGUGAAGAAUGAAGCGCUUUAUGCAAUUAAUAACCUGCAGAAAUGGAUGGAGCCAGAACAUGUCCACAAAAACAUGACUUCCCUGCUAGACAGCUGUUUUGUGCAGAAAGAACCAGUAGGGGUUGUUCUGAUUGUCGGCGGCUGGAGUUUUCCGAUCCAGCUAUGUCUCAUCCCAAUGAUCGGAGCAGUGGCUGCAGGUAACUGUGUGAUUUUAAAGCCAUCGGAGAUCACCACCCACACUACAGAUUUGCUGCACAAACUGAUUCCGCUCUAUGUGGAUGCUUGCUGUUAUCAUGUGCUCAAUAGUGAGCAUGGUGAACUCCUAGAAAUUCUAGAGAACAAGUAUGACUACAUGUUUUAUGCAGGUGACCGUAACACAGGCAGGCAGGUGAUGCAAGCUGCGGCCAAGCACAUAACCCCUGUUUCUUUGGUUCUUGGUGGCAAAAAUCCCUGCUAUGUCGACAAGUCCUGUGACCUUACCAUGGCUGCUCGAAGAAUUGCAUGGGCUCGCUUUGUGAAUGCUGGGCAGAAUUCACUGGCGCCAGAGUAUAUUCUGUGUCAUUCAGAUUUAAAGGAUGCUCUCAUACGUGAAUUGUGUUGUUGCGUCCGGGAGUUUUAUGGAAAUGACCCACGUGAGUCACCUGAUUAUGGCCGAAUGGCAAGCGCGGAGCAGUACAGCCGGGUAAAAAACUUGCUGUGCUGUGGUCAAGUGGCCUUUGGCGGCCAGACUGAUGAUGGUGAGAGGUACAUAGCCCCUACAGUCCUGACAGAUGUGCAAGAGAAUGAUAUCAUAAUGCAGCAAGAGAUUCUAGGACCAAUCCUGCCUAUUUUUACUGUACAAACCCUUGAAGGUGCAAUAAGUUUCAUAAAAAAGAAAGGAAGGCCUCUUGCUGUAUAUGCAUUCUCUGAUAACAUCCAGGUGAUAUCGCACAUCAUGUCCAGAACAUCAAGUGGGAGCUUUUGCUCAAAUGACAGCAUGAUACAAAGCCUGUACACCAGCCUGCCCUGUGGGGGAAUAGGAAACAGUGGAGUUGGAGUGUACAGAGGCAAGUACAGCUUUGACACGUUCUCUCACAGCCGUGCCUGUCUACUCCGGAACAGCACUGUCGAAUGUGUUACUUACCUGAGAUACCCACCCUAUGUUGAAAAGCAGCUUCAGCUAAUGAAAUGGGCCUGCACCCUCUCCCGGAAUAACAGUUGGUGCAAUAUUUUAUAA